GACUUUUUGUUAGGGUUUAGGAAAUAGAAGCACUGAAGCAUACAGAGGCGAGAGAAGAUGGAGAAAGCGAAGAAGAAGAAGAACGUGCCAGUUUUGCCAUGGAUGAGAAGCCCUAUUGACGUGGGGCAAUUCGAGGAACGCCCUCUUCAUCUAAUCCCUUGCCUUGAUCCCAGGUUGAAGCUAGCUCUGCAGAAUAUGGGUUUCUCUUCACUCUUCCCGGUUCAAGUUGCAGUUUGGCAAGAGACGAUAGGGCCAGGAGCGUUUGAAAGAGACCUUUGCAUAAAUUCACCUACUGGAAGUGGAAAAACGUUAGCUUAUGCACUGCCAAUAGUUCAGACGUUGUCCACUCGUACUGUUAAAUGUUUACGUGCUUUGGUGGUGUUGCCUACCCGUGAUUUGGCGUUGCAGGUUAAGGAGGUUUUUGCUUCAAUUGCACCCACAGUUGGCUUAUCUGUUGGUUUGGCUGUGGGUCAAUCUUCAAUCGCUGAUGAAAUUGCAGAGCUUAUUAAGAGACCUAAGCUUGAGGCUGGCAUUUGUUAUGACCCAGAAGAUCAUUUUCAAAAGUUAGAAAGUUCUGUGGAUAUAUUGGUGGCGACCCCCGGAAGGCUUAUGGACCAUAUUAAUAACACUAAAGGAUUUACUCUUGAGCAUCUCUCUUAUCUGGUGGUUGAUGAAACUGAUCGUAUGCUCCGAGAAGCAUACCAGUCCUGGCUACCUAAUGUGCUUCAAUUGACCCAUGCCCAUGAUGAGAGGCUCUUUCCUUGCGCUAAUAUUUUUUCCCCUACAACAUUUGGUGCCUUAAAAACCAUUAGGAGAUGUGGUGUUGAAAGGGGCUUCAAGGGUAAACCCUACCCUAGGCUUGUGAAGAUGGUUUUGUCUGCCACGUUGACUCAAGAUCCAAGCAAGCUUGCUCAACUUGAGCUGCAUCACCCUCUAUUCUUGACAACUGGGAAAACACGGUACCAGCUCCCAGAAAAAUUAGAAUCCUACAAACUGGUUUGUCAGUCUAAGCUAAAACCUCUCUAUUUAGUUGCCCUUCUACAAAAUAUAGGAAGAGAAAAGUGUAUUGUUUUCACGAAAUCUGUGGAAGCAACUCAUCGGCUUUGCACCUUGUUGAAUUUUUUCAAUGAUUUAGAAGUCAACAUCAAAGAGUAUUCAGGUCUACAGCGCCAGUCUGUAAGAAGUAAAACAUUGAAGGCAUUUCGAGAAGGGGAAAUACAAGUGCUCAUUUCCUCUGAUGCGAUGACUCGUGGAAUGGAUGUUGAAGGGGUGAGGAAUGUAAUAAAUUAUGAUAUGGCUACAUAUAUCAAAACAUAUAUUCAUCGGGCAGGACGAACAGCAAGAGCUGGUCAGACAGGGUGCUGCUUCACACUGCUAUCUAAAAAUGAGGUAAGACGUUUCGAUAAAAUGCUUCAGAAAGCUCAUGAUGAUUCUUCUACAUUUCACUCAAUUCCUUCCGGUUCGAUCGAGUCGCUUCGUACUGUUUAUGCAUCUGCGCUGCAGAAGCUGAAAGAGACAGUUGAAUCGGAAACAUCCAGAAAGCGCAAAAUUGGAUUCCGGAUUUCUAGAAGGCCAGCCACCAUGAAGGAAGAACACAAGUCAAAGUGAUAAAUUGGUAUUGUUCAAACACUGAAAAACUUGAAAGAAGAAAAAAGAGAGGAGAAAGUACAAUGAAAACAGAACUGAUGCAUCUUGGAUAUGUAAACUGGAGGAGUCUCCUCAAUUUCCUGAAUUGAAAUUUGCAACGCACAGGCAGGGCUUCUAGCUUUCGAAGAUGGAGCAGGAACUUUGAACCUCUUUGAAGAAAUACCUGGAGUGGCUUGCACUGGCUGAAGCAGCAGCAACAGCAGUAGUAAGAGUAGUAGUACUAGCACUGGCAGAUGAGGAAGGAGAAAGGGAAGAAGGAGAUUUAGGAGACGAAGCCAGGCUAUCAUUUCCGUAAGUACCAACAACUCUAUCCUCAUUGAUUGUAUCUAACAUCUUAGAGGCCCUGCUCCUCAUCACACUAACAUAUUGUGGUGGAGCAACCUCUGAAAUAAACUUUGCUAUGCGUGAAGUCGCCAUUACUCUUUUCUUGUUACUUUUUGAGAAAUUGUAAGAGAAGGAAAGAAGAGAAGUGCUUGUAAACUCAAAAACAGACUGCUGGGUUGUGGAUAACACAAGCUAUGAGCGAUAUUUAUAAGGGGACGGUUUGGUUUAGAUGGAGUGAUUAGUAGUAAUCAGUCAAAUACUAU